AUGGAACCUUGGGUUGCUCAGUGGCCACCUCAGCCCCAGGGGAGGCCCAGCUCACCAGCACAGGAACCUGGUGGAGCACUUCAGAGAGACGGACGCCGUCGGUCGGCCACGCAUUCUCGCAACAACAGGGAGAGGCUUCCCCGAUGGCAGGAGGCCCGGGGGAGCCCCCAGCCCCAGCAGGACCCCAGGCCGGGUCAGCAGCAGCCUCACCCUGUGCCCUGGCGUGGGCCGUGGCAACAGUGUGGAUCUGGGGCUGACUACCAUGAAGGGGGUCAUCACGGGCAGUUGUAUUCAAGGCCCAGUUAUGAGGGUGCCUAUCGGAGCUACCACCCUCCAGCCCUGAAGGAAGACUAUGCUUACAGAAGUCAUUACUACCACGGACACCCGCAGUGGCUGCAGGAAGAAAGAGUGCCAAGGCAUGGGAGUCCUUAUAUCUGGCAUGAAGAGUAUCGGGAUCAGAAGUACCUCCGAGAGCAUCGUCAUGAAAACCAAAGGAGUUCAUUUGGAAGAAAUGAUGAUAGCCAAUUCCAGUCCACCAGGUGGAAUCCUUAUCAAGAUGACCUUGGGCAGGACAGACCAAACGAGCUUUUGCCAGAGACGUUGUUGAGUGGGGCCUGGAAGAACAAGCCAUCAUUGGCCAGCAAAUCCAACCUUGUCCGGCAGCAUGAGUCUGGCCUCAGCUCCAGCAGCUACGAGCUCAGUCAAUACAUGGCGGAUAUGUCGGAGCACCAUAAUGUUACGGCUGCAGCAGGCUGGCGUCCAGUGUCAGCAGAGGAUGUCUUGGUGGCUGGUCCCAAGGCACCCAAGAAGUUCCAUGUCCCUCACGUGUCCGUGAGUUUUGGGCCGGGAGGUCAGCUGGUGUGUGUGAGUCCCAGUUCCCCCAUGGAUGGCCAAACUGCUCUUGUUGAGCUGCACAGCAUGGAGGUUCUUCUCAAUGAUUGGGAGGAACAAGAGGAGAUGAGAAUGUUCCCAGGACCCCUGACCAGGGACGAUGUGCAUAAGGUAGACAUCAUGACAUUUUGCCAGCAGAAGGUCACCCAGAGCCGCAAAUCCGAGACGCUUGGCAGCAGAGACUCAGCUCUCCUGUGGCAACUGUUGGUUCUCCUUUGUCGCCAGAAUGGGUCCAUGGCGGGCUCUGACAUCGCUGAGCUGCUGAUGCAAGACUGCAAGAAGCUGGACAAGUACAAGAGGCAGCCCCCCGUGGGCAACCUCAUUAAACUGACCGAUGAGGACCACGUGGAGCUGAACUCUGGGACAAGGAACCUACUCACCGGAGAGAUCCCCCCCAGCGUGGAAACACAGGCACAGAUUGUGGAAAAGUUCACGAAACUGCUCUACUACGGAAGGAAGAAGGAGGCCUUGGAGUGGGCCAUGACGAACAAUCUGUGGGGCCAUGCCUUGUUCCUGUCCUACAAGAUGGACCCAAGGACUUACAACUGGGUCAUGAGUGGCUUCACCAGCACGCUGGCCCUCAACGACCCCCUGCAGACCCUCUUCCAGCUCUUGUCCGGGAGGACCCCACAGGCAGCCACGUGCUGUGGGGACACGCAGUGGGGAGACUGGAGACCUCAUUUGGCUGUGAUUCUCUCCAAUCAGGCCAGGGACCCGGAGCUGCGUCAGCGUGUGAUUGUCACCAUGGGGGACACGCUGGCGGGCAAGGGGCUGGUGGAGGCCGCCCACUUCUGCUACCUCAUGGCUCAGGUGCCCUUCGGACACUGCACCGUGAACGCAGACCGUCUGGCUUUGCUGGGCAGCAGCCACAGUCAGGAGUUUUUGAAAUUUGCCACCACGGAGGCUAUCCAGAGGACGGAGAUCUUCGAGUACUGUCAGACGCUGGGCCGCCCCAAAUCCUUCAUCCCUGCCUUCCAGGUGUAUAAGCUCAUUUAUGCUUCCCGUCUGGCAGAUUAUGGCCUGGCAUCCCAGGCCUUAUAUUACUGUGAAGCCAUUGCCACGGCCAUCCUGAGCCAGGCAGAGAGCAGCCACCCCGUGCUGCUAGAGGAACUGAUCGAGCUGGCUGAGAGGCUGAAGCUGUCAGACCCGCUGGUUCUUGAGCGGCACCGUGGAGAUGGGGUCUGGGAGCCUGACUGGCUGCGGCAGCUUCGGCGGCGCUGGGAGCUGCAGAUCGCUGCAGAUGCUGGGGACCCUCGCUCUACAAACGUGGAUGUUCCGAGAGCCAGAGAAACAGCAGAGCCCACUUUCUAUCAGAGUCUUUCUGGACAUCAGGGCUACCCAAAGGCCCCAGGGUACCAGCCGGACCUAUGGCCCACACCUGAGCUGACCGGCCUGCCUCAGCAAUCCUUCUCCCUCCAGCUGGGCCCUGAGGCAGGGCAAGGAGGGACACCUGGGCCCGAGACCCACCUCCCGGUCAGUGUGGAGCAACCACAGGCUCUUGAAGGAAGGGUCUGGGAGGACACGCUGUGGACGCACCCAGUUCCUGGUGAUGUUACGGAGAGCACAGCAGCUCCAGAAAUCUCCCAGCAGCUGGACAGUCUGGAAGUUGUUUCCUCACCCCAGGUGCCGCUGGCUCCCAGGGCGCGGAGUUCCUCUGAGACCUCCACCAGGUUGGACAAGGAGGCUGAGAAGGAGUCCUCCGACGAGGCAGAUGGAAAAUCUCCCCCAGAUACAGCACGCAAAGGAAAGCCGGCCGAUGGGAAAGAGAACAGCAAGAGCUCCGGGUUCGGCUGGUUCAGCUGGUUUCGCUCGAAGCCCACCAAGAAUGCAUCCCCCUCCGGAGAGGAGGAGGACUCGGACAGCCCUGACUCAGAGCAGGAGAACCCCAGAGCAUCUUCUCCCUCCGAGGCUGGCCAGGACCUCUCACUGACACCCCCGCUGGGGUCUCCACUUGUGCCAGGUGGUGGCACAUUCUCUAGGGACAAAGGAAGGACUGAAGUCCGAGGAGGCCUGCCUACCCCGGGGAUGGCUAAUGGCGCUGGGAUCCGAGACCCGUCUGGGCCAGAGGGCGUGUCCUCUGAGCUCUACUCUGGUCCUGGGGUCCUACUUCCUCCACCUUCCUUGGAAGGGGCUGUCCCUCUCUACAACCCAUCCCAGGUUCCACAGCUGCCCAUGGCUACCAGCCUCAAUCGGCCAAACCGCCUGGCUCAGCGCCGUUACCCCACGCAACCCUGCUGA